AUGCCCCAAAUAUUUCGCGUACAUGUUCAGGGGACAGACGACGAUUUGCAGAGUGCUCUUCCACCGUAUGGACGAGUGGUUGAAGACAUCAAGCGACUUAAGGUUAUUUUGAAACUGGGCUCGCUGUUCGGGGACUUGGAAUCUGAGCCGCUUGGGUGGAUGGGAACCUCUGAUGAACUUCGGGACCAGACGGAGUCGGUGCGAUACAUGGCGUUCCUCCCCGAGUUAUUUCUCUGGAGUUAUCUUGUGAGACCCGUCGACGUACCCAGCGAGUCGGUUGAAAGCGCCAUCUUCGCAUUGAAGCACUACAUCAAGAUUCUGGAGAACGAGACUGAUGCCACACUUGUCCUAUUGGGAUUUCCAGACGAGAGCGUGCCUGCGGAAGCACAGCAUCGUACAGCCAUAAUGCUCAUGAAUGCUCGGCGCAAACUCUCCGAACAUCUGAUGCGCCCUGGAAUCAACAGGCCGACAGAGGCAAGCCCCCAUAUGAGAGCAUACUUGGAGUACCACCAAGAUAUGUACAAGACUUUCAACGAGACGAUGGAUCAUUGGAUGCGUUACCCAAACGACUGGGUUGACUGUGGGGAGGUAAUGUGCUUGAGUGGAGAUUUCAGUGAUGCGAGAGAAACCCUUGAACGCGGCCUGGCAGGUUGCGAGGCUCGCCCAAAGCAACCGGGCGUGGACAUAUACCUCCUUCGUUCCCACAUCCAUCUAUCGCUCAUUCUCGAUCGGCUGGACGUCAAUCACGCCGCUCAAAAAGAACAUACAGAUUGGGCCGUCAAACAGCUUCGUAGAUCUCCGACUAGAGUGCUCCGCAAGGAGGAGCUGAGCCAAUACCUGCUACCUACCGUGGGCGGAAAGAUGCACCCUGUACUGCAAUCACUAGGUGGGAAGUCGUGGCUGAAGAAGGUUAAUGCGCACGUCAACUCAGGGCUGCAAUCGUGGAAGGAGGAGGAACGCUCUACGAGAUCCUGCCUUCACUGCGGGGUUCGGGACGUUCAAAAAGCUUUAUCUCGCUGUGCUCGAUGCCAGUCUUGCUACUACUGUUCGAAAGACUGUCAAAAGGCCGAUUGGGAAGCGCAUAAAAAAUCCUGCCAAGAGCGACAUGAGCGCCUCAAAGAGCUCGAGGCGCGGAAGAAGGAGGAUCCGGUCAUUGGACAACAAUUGACCGAUCUUUCUGAGUGGAUGGAUGCUCCUGCCCAGCACCGAAGGGAUGCUCACAUCUCGGCUCUCGGUGUACAUCGUGAUCCGUCUCGAGGCCGCACGCACAUCUUGAUGGAAGGCAUGGCAUAUACGCCAGACGCUUCGGAUGACCCGCGCUACAAGUUCACUGUCACCACCGCCGGUGUUUUCCGCAUCUCGGACGUGCUGCAGUCGAUAGAGCUUUCUCUUGGGCUCACUGCAGGAGAGGGCCAAUCCUAUAUCCAGUCAAGAAUUGACAAAGCUCUGGAGAGCCGAGCCCCAGACUUACAAAGGGGCGAUCAUCUCAUCGUGAUCCCUAUUUUGAGUAUGUGCUCAGGAAUCAAGCCCGGCCAACUUCACUUUCAAAUGGCCUCCUCUUUGGCUCUUCGCGAAUUGCCGAUCCCUUACAAUCCAGAGUGGCGAAAGGCCAUCAACGGCAAGUUGGGUGUUGUUGCCGGCGACAUGAUACUUAGAUACCAGCCUGGUGUCAAGGAUGUAGAGACGGUGUUCGAAUAA